CAAAGCUGUUUUUAUUAUUAUUUCCACUUCCGAAUAUGAUAGUGCAUUCAAAGGAUAUAUUGGUACCAUUUAUUGGAGAUGUCGCAGCUAUUGCCGGCGUUGUGUCUAUAUUGCUGCUGCACCAACGAAGCAAAUGGCGCACCUACAGUCCCGUGCCACAGACCACAGCCAUCCCCAUGGCUCUCUUGAUCUACUUCCGGCCGCAGCACGCUGGUCCGCUGUUCUCGACCGCAAACACUAUUGCCCUGACUUCCAUGACAAUGCUCAGACCAGGCCACGUUAUACGCAUUGGUUUCCACAUUACCCAGAUGUACGGUGCAGUUGCGACCGCUAUCAGCACGGCCUGGAAUGUACAUGCAGCACUCGCCAUCGCGCUGCACAUGACUCUGUUCAUUGGUGAACUUACUGGCACUGAGCGCAAGCAUAUCAGGGAGCGAAUAGCCGAUCUGUUCCUUGUCUCAGCAUCUAAGCUGAUUGUGCUUGCCAAUAUGCGGCCGCUGCAGCGAUCUGAUCUUCGCCGAUUCUACAAUCAGCUCGCCAACUACAUGCUUGGAGAUGGUCUGGAGCUUGAUCCAGCACAGCGGCUCUUUGUUGUACGUGCCAUCAUUCGUAUGGCCAUGCUCCCAUACCUGCCGGUGUUCAUUGCUGACUGCAUAAUCGGCCUUGUCGAGUUCAUGGAAGGUGCAGUGCUAGGCAAGCUGAUGCACUGCAUUGACGAGCCUGCUCAAGCUUCGCCUGCAGACGCCUACGCGUAUCUAGCCAUACUAGCUUUAAUGAGGCUUAUUGCCAGUCAACGUAUGCGUGUCGACUACAUGCGUAGGGCGGAGAUCAACCGGAUAUCAUUGCAGAUAGAGAUGGCUAUAUUCCACAUGCCACUUGCGCAGGCUGCGCUAAAGCACGAGCACAUGUUCAGAUACGGGAAAUACCACGCAUCAAAGGUCGUAGAAGGGGUCAUCAACAUUUACAGCCAGACAUCAUCGCUGGUAACUGCAUCGAUUGCCUUCUAUAUGACCAAGCAGACGAUGGGCAGCAAUGCCUUCUUGCCAGCAUACAUAUAUGUGGGGAUUUCACUGGGCGCUCGUCUUACACGUGUACUUCUCGACUGGACAUCGCGCUGGUAUGUCUUGCAGCCAUACGACCAUGUCGAAGAAAUAUGUGCCAGCAUUACAUCAAUCAAGCUCUACGCCUGGGAGAAAAAGUACCUGGACUGGGCGCAGACAUACCGCGAUGACGACGAAUCCGAAAUCUACAGUACAUGGGUUUGGCUGGUGCGUGUAGUAGUCAAAGGUAUCCUCAUUAUGAUCCACACCACAUCAAAGGAGAUGGCUACCUUUGUUUCCAUAGCAGCCUAUAUGCGUGCAACCAAUGCCAAUAUCCCUGCUGCACAGCUGCUGCAACUGCGCUAUCAGAUCCGCCACAUGGGUUUACAGUUCAGCCAAAUUGCCGGUAGCCUGAUAGAAUUUCGCCAUGUGCGUGCCUCGAACACCAUUCUCGAGUGUUCUUUGCGCGCUGAACACGGCAACACGGUUGACAAUGUCAGCAUGGAGUCUACGGAUACAGCUAUGUCUGAGAGGCUGUCAGCUGUCAGUCUCAACAUGUGCGAUUUUACAUGGGGCGGCGGUGUGUCUAUACUGCAAGGCGUGUCGCUUGAUAUCCUUCCGCACCACCUAGCAAUUGUUACGGGCCCUAUCGGUGUAGGCAAAUCCACAUUGCUGCAGGCAAUUGGUGGUGAGGUGCACAUGUGCGCUGGCCAUGGCCGGACUAUUGGCAAGGUCGUCUAUGUCUCCCAGCGGCCGUGGAUGAUGGGAGACACGAUUCGGAACAAUAUUUUGUUUGGGCUAGACUACGAUCAGGUGUGGUACCAGCGCGUUAUUAAGGCAUGCGCAUUGGAGUGGGACUUCAGUACCAUGUCUGACGGUGAUAUGACGAUGGUUGGUAGCAGAGGAAUGAACGUAUCUGGGGGUCAGCGUGCACGAAUUGGUCUAGCAAGAGCUAUCUACGCGCGUGCUGAUGUUUACUUGUUGGACGACCCACUUUCGGCUGUGGACUCGUGUGUUGCACAGUGGAUUAUCGACCAUGUCCUGCUUGGUUCCAAUGCCCUGCUGGGACAGAGCACCCGUGUCCUGGUAACGAAUACUGACAUUGUCACUCCAUAUGCCGAUCAGAUUCUGAGAGUGGAUGGGGGCCGCAUCUCAGUGACACAACAGACACCGAUUAUCCACAUUCCUCAGCACCAGGAGGUCGAAUUAGAUACAGCUCGCAAUGUACCCAAAGAUAAGAGCAGGCCGGACAACACAUCAGAGCAAGUAUGCGAUCACAGGGUCGACGACUGCCAUGUCGAUGUCUGGGAGUCAAUGGCAUACAUGGGCAAGGUUUGUGGAUACGGUGUGCUACUUGUAUCGAUUGUCUUCAUAUUCAGCAAAGCCAUGGUAUGGCACUAUACCACUACUUUAACGCUCGCUGCGCUGCGUGCCUGCAAAGAGUCGCCUUCAGUUGAGGCAACCAUGCACUACUUGAAGAUCGACCUUGCUACAGGCCUUGUUCAUACUACUGCCCUGCUGAUUAACCAGGUGCAUUUGCACUAUAUUACGAAAGUGCACUACACGCCGAUCGUCAACACAAAGCUCAUCGACGGCCUCAUACAUGCACCACUCGACACAUUCAGCGAACUCAGACAGAGCGAUAUCGCCACCGCAUUCUAUCACUCGGCAUGGGGCCUCCGGUGUUUUCUGCCCGUACUUCUCCUGAUGGAGGCAUCAAACAUGACGUACAUGUUCAACCACAUUGUCAGCGCCUGGCGCAUUUCGCCAGCCGCCUUCACCGUGCUUCCGCUCACUGCUUGUGCGCUUUACCUGACAGCCAUUUACGUGUCGCCCAUCUCCCACUCGCUCGAAAAAGAAGAGUUGAAGUCGAGUACCGAAUACCACAAUGCUCGCCAUAUGCUCACCGACGGCACAUCGACAAUCCGUGUUUUUGGCCAGCGAGACUCAUUCAUGCGCCGCCUCAUGGCUACUGUCCGCUACAAUACUAUCGCCAGCAAGGCCGCCCUCGAUGCUCGACAGCUGGAGGUUACACUGUGCAUACUUGUCAAGCAACUUAUGGCCUGCUCAGCAAUGACCGUAUUGCUAUUGCAGCAGCGGUUCAAUGUUGGCAAGGGGAGCACGAUUACAUCAGCUGAAGCCAACGAGAUGAUGACUGUAUGCAUUUCUCUGGUGGCAUAUUUUACUGAACUGGUCAAAAUUCCGGAAAUGCUGCGUGAACGAGCUCGCCUUGUCGCGGAUUACCACCAGAUUGCUGAGCUUCCAUCAGAAGACCCCAGCCCGGCAUCAAACCAGGUGCCACCAGAGAACUGGCCAGACAAGGGCAAGAUCGAGUUUGUCGACUACGGCAUGCGCUACAAGGGCGCUGCUAGCCGCGCACUUGAUGGAAUCUCACUCACCAUAAACCCGGGUGAGAAGCUCGGCAUCGUUGGCCGCACAGGUGCAGGCAAAUCGUCGUUGGUCAAGGCGCUGUUCCGGCUGGUUGAGGCAGAGCAAGGCAAAAUCGUCAUUGACGGCGUGGACAUUUCAACACUGAGCCUGCGCGAACUGCGCUCUCGUCUGGGAAUCAUUCCGCAGGAUUCGGCGCUGUUCUUUGGAUCGAUUCGAGAUAAUCUGGAUCCGCUGCGUGAACACACAAUCGAGGAGAUCUGGGCAUCCAUCAUCAAGGCACAAUUGGUCGACCUGGUUAACCGCAAAGAAGUAACUGAGCUAGGCCGCCAAAACCAGGAAGAUGAGGAGUUGAAUCUCAACGACGGAUCGACCCAAGAGGAGACAGAAAGGCGGACUAGAA